AAAAAUAAUAAGUACAGUUGGUAAAAUUUCAAUGUCUGCAAGUGCAAAAACAAGAGUUAACAAUUAUGAUUUAGACAUCUUAUAUGUGAAAUUCUGUUCAAGAAAAAUGUUUAAGUAUAGAAUUCCGCCCAUAGUGAAGACCAUUCCUUCCCAAGAAAAUUUCAAAGUUGAAAAUUCUGUCCAAGAUGAAAUGUUUAAGUAUAAAUUCUGCUCCAAAUAAAAUUCCAGCCGGAAUUUUUCUAGUUUUCCGCCCAGAAAAGUGAACAAAAUAUUUUUCUUGUGAGACGGAAUGACACGGAAUUUGCGUUUCCGUUCCUGGUCCGCCCAGAAAUCACUGAUUCCGUGUCAAUUCCGUGCCAAUUCCGCCCAGAAUCCGUGCCAAAAUUUCGUACAGGUACAUUUCUUGCAAAAUGGCUGAAAACAAAGACUAUUCGGAAACUAGAAGUACAAGCUUAGACGCACGAAAUCGUAGACAAUUUGAUAAAAUGUCUCCAUUUUUCAAGCAGCCCCUUGAAAUAGGAGCAUUUUCCUUGGAUAUUUCUAGGAAUUUCGAUAACUCGAGAAACCAGCUGAAAUUCUUCAUUAAACCUCAAGAUUUACAGAAAGUGGAAUUUAAUUUGCGGAAAGGUUACCGUAAAAUGAUAAGAAAAGACGAUUCUAAACCCGAAUAUAUUGACAACAUAUUGAGGUGGAUUACAAACAACCCGGAUGAGCUUAGUAUCAAGGGGACCCAUGAAGGAACAUCAAGCCAAUUGAAUACGGACUUUGUUUGCUGGCGAGGGUUGUUGACAAAAUUUCUGUGCACACCGUACGAAAAUAGGGAAGGUUGGCUGGUUGCAAUCACCCUUUUUAAUGGCACAUAUUACUUAUGUGAGUUUGAGACAGAGCAGAAAAAAGAACAGAAUGCCUCAAGAACUCAAAGAGAUGAUGAAAUGUGUUGCUGGGGUUGGAAGUUUGAGCAAUACUUAACUGCUGAUUCCCCUAGCAGUGAACCUGAUACAGAUACAGCAUAUAACAACUGUGAAGCUUUCUGUACUGUUGUACGCUCAAGACUAAACUCACAUUCAUUAGUGUACUCAGGAGAAGUGGAUGCUGAAUAUACUGAUAAUGUGUAUGGUAAACACUACAUAGAACUUAAAACAACACGAGAAAUAACUCAUCCAAGACAAAAUGUCAACUUUAAAAGAUUUAAAGUAAUAAAAUGGUGGGCACAGAGUUUUCUGGUUGGUAUACCCGAAAUAGUGUGCGGUUACAGGGAUGAUGAUGGCAUUGUUCAUAGAUUGGAAUCAUUUAACACGAUGAAAUUACCGGAAUUUGCAAAGGAUAUACGUGAUCCUUGGAAACCAAAUGUAUGUUUCAAUUUUCUGGACCAACUGCUUUCGUUUAUAAAGUCUACUGUAACAGUUGAUAAUCAUAGAAUCGUGUAUCUGCUGCAAUGGUCGCCUAAUGAAAAAGUUUGGUGUAGCAAGCCUCUGAAUAACACAGAUUAUUUAUUUCUGCCCGAUUGGUACACAAAGGAAUGAAAAAAAUAAAUGAUGACUUGAUUUUGACUUUAUUUUUAAUUUAUCAUGUUCCAUAAUGACUUUGAAUCUGACAAUUUUAUUUUUUGUGAAAUUGUUUUUUACUUCGCAUAUCUGUUAUUUAGAGAAAUAUUCCCACAGUAUCCACAAUAUUUCCCCGAGAGUGUACAACCAACUCUCCACAGAACUAUUUUUCAUUAAGAACUCGGGGGUACACUAUUUGUGUGAGAAGUGGGGGGGGGGGGUAUUUAUUCAACUGUUUCGGGCAGAAAACCUAGUUUUCUGACAUUUUCCUGUCAUGUGUUUUUUGUCAGAUCAUUGAAUGAAUAAGCACCAGGCAAAACAAGCCUCUAAAUGACUUGGGUGAUUAUAUUUUUUGUAAAAUAUGCAAAAGUGAAAAUGAGUCAAAGCAAGCCUCUAAGUGAUUCAGAUGAUACAUAUCUGUCAUAGUGGUACAUCAAUCGUGGAAAUCUUUUGAAGUCUUAAGUGCCUAUUAAUUUAAAGGAGCUCCUAAUUGACUGAUUUUCAAAAGAAUUUCUUUAUCAUCUUGUUUUGUAACUUGCCUUUUAUUUAUAACUAUAUCACUUUGUUACAUGUUACUGAGAAAUGACAGUAUGACAAUUUCUUGUUUUAUAUUAUUGUGUUCUUCAGCAGCAUUGUUUUCAUAGGUAGAAUCUGUAUAUGAACAUGUAAUACAGCAUAUUUAAACUAAUUUUAUUUUUUUAUGUCAAACAA